GGCAGGGUGGGCCAUUGCCCCUCCUGGUAAAAUUUUGGGGGCGGUAAACUGAGCUUAAAUUUACUGUAUGAACUUUUUUAAUGUGUGAAGCCAACGUGGUUAUAAUUUUAAAAUUUUAUAAAAUAUUUUUUUCUUAUGUAUUGUAGUUUUGACGAUUUUGUGGAGAUUUCUCCAAAGUUUAUUUUAGGAAAUUCUCUCAAAUCUAUUUUUAUACGAAUAAUUCCGUGGAUAACUGAUAACGACGCGCGACGUACGCAGAAUAGCUCGCAGAGUCGCAGCUAGCGCUAUUGAAAAGCACAAUAUCAUUUAAUAAUAUUGUAUUCCUUUAUUUUACUUUUACAGUUUUACCACAGAAUAAUAAUAGUUCUGUGGUUUUAUGUAAUACUUAUUUGAUUAUUAAUCUAAAGUUAUUGAAUUAUCAUUUAUCAACAUUUAACGUAUGACAGUCGUCGAAUAAAUGUUAAAUUUUAUAUAAUAUUAUAGUGUGUCUUUCUGUCCGUUCUAUUUUAUUCAAAAAAAUACUCAAUAGAUUGAGAUUAUGAGUAGAAAGCUUAGCGGCUGUGCUUACCGAAAAUUGGGUAAAAUUAAAAAAGAAAAUGCGGAAAAAAGUAUAAAAAAUAAUAUGAAACUUGAUGUCAUGUUUCAAAGGGUACAACAAGUAGAAACUGUCCAUACUGCUGUUAGUGAAAUAAUAGAUAAUGACAACAAUGAAUUUAAUGAUUCUGCAAAAAGUGUAAAUUUAACACUUACUAACCAAUCUGCAGUUAAAUGUUCAAUCAUUAAAGAAGAGCAAGAUACUAAUUUCAGUUUAGAAACUCAGAUUAACAAUGAAGUAAAUAUUUUAAAAGCACCCAGUUCUUCAGAUUUGCCAGGUUCUGACCCUGCGUUGUGGACAUUAAACGAGGAGACCAGAGAUUUUAUCUGUAGAAAUGGAUUUAAUCAGAACUUAGAUGGCAAUUUUUCACAAUCUAAAACAAAAUACCAGUAUAUACGUCAAGGACAAUUUAGAUCUCACAACAGGUACCUAAGCAAAGAUUUAUUUAAAACAACAUUAAUUAAUGGUAAAACAUAUCAAAGAGACUAUUUGUGUUACUCAGUUAGUACUGGUAAAAUAUACUGCAUCCCAUGUUAUUUGUUUGAAAAUACUUCCAAUUUUUCACGUAAGGGAUUUUCAGACUGGAAACAUCCAAAUAAAAUUAAUAAUCAUGAAAAUUCAACCAUGCAUAAAACUUGUACAUUUAAAAUGAAACAUCGUUCAUCAGAUUUUGGAAGAAUAGACUUACAACUUACAUAUAAACUUCAAACUGAGACUGAUUAUUGGAUCAAUGUGCUCAGUAGAGUAUGCUCUGUUGUUAAAUCAUUAUCUAGUCAUGGACUAUCAUUCAGGGGUGGAGAUGAUAGUUUUGAAUCUUCUGGUAAAAAUAAUGGUAAUUUUAUAAUGGCUAUGAAACUUAUUGCUGAAUAUGACCCCUUUUUAUCAAAACAUAUAUUGAAAUACGGAAAUCCUGGUAAAGGAAAUACAUCCUAUAUGUCCUUUUUUACUUAUGAACAAUUUAUUAAAAGUAUGGCUGAGAAAGUAAUAAGUACCAUAGUAGAAGAAUUAAAAUCUUCAACAUAUUAUUCAAUUAGCAUUGAUUCAACACCUGAUAUAUCAAAUAUUGACCAGUUGUCAUUUGUCGUAAGAUAUGUAAAUAGCAGUGGAGAACCUGUUGAACGUUUUUUGGGAUUCAUAGAAAAUAUUGGACACAAAGCUGAAUCAAUAGCAGAAACUAUUUUUUCUACAUUUAAUAAGCAUAAUAUUGAUAUUAAAUUUCUUAGAGGGCAAUCUUAUGAUAAUGCUGCAAAUAUGUCCGGUGCUUACUCAGGGGUUCAGGCUCGAAUUAAAUCAGUAGCACCACUUGCUGAUUUUGUUCCAUGUUCUGCCCAUUCCUUAAACCUUAUUGGAUCAUGUGCAGCCAGCUGUUGUAGUGUAGCAAAUAAUUAUUUUUUAUUUGUUCAAAAUUUAUAUGUUUUUUUUUCAUCAUCUACACAUCGCUGGAUAAUACUAAAUAAACAUGCUGAGUCAACUCUAAAAGGACUUUCAGUAACUAGAUGGUCUGCUAGAAAUGAUGCAUGCCAGAGUCUUAAUAAAAAUUGGAUAGCUGUAACAAAUGAAUUGCAGGAGCUAGUAGAUUCUGAUAGUGAAAAACCACUUACACGUAGUGAAGCCAGUGGAUUGUUACGGAAUAUGAAUAAAUUAGAAACUGCAUUUAUGACAUCAUUAUGGUGUGAUAUUCUUCAAACAUUUAAUAAUGUUAGUAAAAAAUUGCAAUCUGUUCAACUAGAUCUCAGUUCUGUUGUUAAAUUAUAUAAUACACUUAUUGAAUAUAUUAAAACAUUACGAACAAUGUUCAAUACUUAUGAAAAAUUGGCUCAAGACAAAUUUGAAGAAAAUGUUCCUCAGUUUGAAACAAAAAACCGAAAAAGAAAAAAUCAAAUUGACGAAUCAAAUGAACCAGAUACUGUAUUUUGUGGCUAUCAAUACUUUAAAAUAAUUACUUUUUAUCCCAUCUGUGAUAAUUUGUUAAAUGAACUAUUAAAAAGAAAAGAGGCCUAUGAUAAUUUAAUUUCAAAAUACUUAUUUAUUUUGAAGUUAAAAGAAUACAGUCCAUCUGAAAUAAGAAAAUCUGCUAAAAUGUUACGUACAAUUUAUAAUCAAGAUCUGGAUGAACCAUUUGAUAAUGAAUGUAUUCAUUUUCAAAGUUUAUUGAAGACAUUGGAUGAUCCACCAACAACUUUACUUCAAAUGAGUUUAUUUUUAAAAAAAUUUGAUCUAGUUACUACUUUUCCAUACAUUAAUAUUGCAUUACAUAUGUUUUUAUGCACACCAGUCUCAAAUUGUUCAACCGAAAGAUCAUUUUCAGUUUUAAAACGUAUCAAGAAUUAUCUACGAUCUACCAUGUCAUCUGAUAGACUUAACAGCUUGGCAGUGCUUGCUAUUGAAUCAUCAAUAACUUGUAAAUUAGAUUUUAGUGAAAUCAUAAAAACGUUUGCUAAGAAACAAGCAAGAAGAAAAAAUAUCUAACUAUACUAAUUGUCUUAUUUAAGUUUUUUAAUAUUGUUUUAAACAAAUAAUGUUAUACAUAUAUUAUGAUUACUUGUUAUACUUAACCUUGUAUUAUAAUAUAAUUAUUACUAAUAAAUGUGUUUAAUUUUUAAAGUUUA